CGACCGGCCGGCUUGGCUCCUCGUAGUAAUUAGUAGAGGAUGGGUGUGAUAUCCCGGAAGGUCUUCCCGGCGUGCGGGGCCCUGUGCUACUUCUGCCCCGGGCUCAGGGCGCGGUCCAGGCAACCUGUGAAGCGGUACAAGAAGAUCCUCGCCGAAAUCUUCCCCAGAACGCCGGAUGAGGAACCUAACGAGAGAAGGAUCGGGAAGCUGUGUGAGUACGCGGCCAAGAACCCUAUUCGAGUCCCAAAGAUCACAGUUUACCUGGAGCAAAGGAUUUACAAGGAAUUAAGAACAGAGCAGUAUGGUUUUGCCAAAGUGGUGAUGCUGAUAUACCGCAGACUGCUGGUUUCUUGUAAAGAGCAAAUGCCACUGUUUGCGAGUAGCUUAUUAAGCAUUGUACACACUCUUUUGGAUCAAAAGAGGCAGGAUGACAUGCGCAUUAUAGGGUGUGAAACCUUGUUUGAUUUUGCUGUCAAUCAGGUGGAUGGUACAUACCAAUUCAAUCUUGAAGGGCUGGUCCCAAGACUAUGUGAACUAGCUCAAGAGGCAGGAGAGGAUGAGAGAGCAACUUCACUGCGUGCUGCAGCCCUGCAAGCCCUUUCAGCUAUGAUCUGGUUCAUGGGAGAGCUUUCUCAUAUCUCGUCAGAGUUCGAUAAUGUUGUUGAAGUUGUAUUGGAAAACUACAAACCUCAGAAGGCCCAAAAUGAUGAUCAAGUUACCACAGAUCCAGACAAUGAAACAGCGCAACAAGCCCAGAAAACAGAGCAAAAUACAUCCCCCUAUGUCAUUUCUGAGAUCCCCUCCUGGGAGAGCUUUGUUAAUGCUAAGGGCGGAGUUAACCUGUCUAUGGAAUAUGCCAAGGAUCCUAAGUUUUGGUCCAGAAUCUGUGUGCACAAUAUGGCUAAGCUUUCUAAGGAGGCAACAACAUUCCGUCGAAUCUUGGAGUCCUUGUUCCGGUGUUUUGGUAACAGUAGUUCCUGGUCACCAGAUAAUGGACUUGCUCUCUGUAUAUUGUUAGACAUGCAACUGUUGGUAGAAAGCACAGGGCAAAAUAUGCAUUUACUGCUGUCUCUACUAAUAAAGCAUAUUGAAAACAAAGCAAUGUUGAAGCAACCAGAGAUCCAGCUUAGCAUCGUGGAAGUGGCAGCUACCCUUGCAGAACUGUCCAGUUCCCAGGCUUCAGCAAUAACUAUAGGUGCUAUAAGUGAUCUAGUCAGACAUUUAAAGAGAACAUUCCAUAUUACUCUUGGUAGCAAAGACGCAGAGCUAGUAAAAAGAAAUGAAAGUUUCCGCAAGGCUAUAGACGACUGCCUAGUGCAACUGUCAAAGAAGGUAUCUGAUGCUGGGCCAGUUCUUGACAUGAUGGCGGUGAUGCUAGAGAACAUUGCAAGCACUGCUGUAGUAGCUAGAUCAACUGCAGCUGCAGUUUAUCGCACAGCUCAAAUAAUAGCUGCUGUACCAAAUUUGCAGUAUCAGAAUAAGGUGUUUCCAGAAGCUUUAUUUCAUCAGUUACUCUUAACAAUGAUCCACCCUGAUCAUGAAGCUCGUAUCGCUGCACACCGCAUAUUUGCUAUUGUCUUGGUCCCCUCCUCUGUUUCCCCCCUGAUUCAAGCAAGUGCCACUAGUCAGGCUAGGACACGUGACAUGCAGAGAACACUAUCUAGAGCUGUCUCCGUGUUUUCAUCUUCAGCUGCUAUCUUUGACAAGUUGAAAAAGGAUAAGCACCCGGACAAUUCACAAGGUGAAGAUAAUGGAAAUACUAAACGGCAAAACUUACCUGUAUCUCAAAGCCGCCGCGGUAGCAUGAGAGUUCCUAACUUUUCCAUGAAAAAGGGUCCAUCAAUGGCUCUGAGGGCUCCUUCGGUAUCUGUUAGAGCUCCUUCCAUCGCACUUAGAGGUCCUUCCAUGGCUCUGAGAUCGCCUUCUAUGGCUGUUAAGGAAGACAAAGGUUCCUCAAGCAAAUCAGAUGAUGAAAUGGAUUCCCUUUUGCUGAAGUUGAGCAGUCGUCAGAUCACACUUUUGCUGACAUCCAUUUGGGCUCAAGGAGUGUCUCCUGAAAACACUCCUGCAAACUAUGAAGCCAUUGCUCAUACCUACAGCUUGCUUCUAUUGUUUUCUGGAUGCAAGGCAUCAAUUUUUGAGGCUCUUACUCAGAGCUUUCAGGUUGCAUUUGCUUUGAGGAGCUAUUCACUUACUGAAGCAGAAUCGUUACCACCAUCUCGGCGCCGCUCCUUGUUUACUCUGGCGACAGCCAUGAUUAUUUUCUCUUCAAGAGCUUUCAAUGUGGUGCCUCUUAUUCCAAUCUGCAAACAGAUGAUUAAUGAGCGAACGGGCGAUCCAUUCCUUCAUUUGGUGGAUGAGAGUAAACUUCAGGCGGUGAAAGAUUCCUUAGACGACCCAUCAAAAAUAUACGGAUCGCCAGAGGACAAUACUAAUGCACUGAAGGCUCUUGAAGCAAUAGAGCUAUCAGAAAGUCAAUCUCGAGACAGCAUCGUCUCCACAAUCAUGAACAAUAUAGCAAAUAUUAUUGAUGCGGAGUUGCACAGUGUGAGAAGCCAACUGCUAAGUGAUUUCUCCCCCGAUGACAUGUGCCCAAUGAGCACUCAGUUCUUUGAAUCACCUGAUGAGAAUUCAUCAGGGUCUCAUGAGGAUGCUCACCAUGAAGAGGGUAUGCUGAUUGACCUGGGUCAUGAUCAUGAUAUUUUUGGGGAAGCUUCAGAAAGUACGUCAGCUACUGCAUCUAUUCCUGCUGGAGAUCUUAUGAGUAUCGAUCAGCUUCUCGAAACAAUUGGCGCCGACCCUGCACAUCACACAGAAAGUGCUCAUCUGUCAGCAGACAUGCCGUUCAUGGAGAUGACUAGCCAAUGCGAAGCCCUCACGACAGGGAAACAGCAGAAGAUGUCUACCUUCAUGAGUUUCCAGCCAAGCUCGCAACCAGCCCCCAUGCCCAGCCAGCAGCCCGGCCAGAUGGAGCUGGAUUUCUUCAGUGAUCCCCCGUUGCCCCAGGCUGGGGUCCAGAGCACGAACCCGUUCCUUGACGACAACUGGGCCGCUUUCCCUCAGCACAUGGACGCUGGCAACCCGCAGUCAGCCGAUGAUCCAUUCGAGCAACAUUUCCUGAAGCUACCGGCGGCAAGCCCUUACGACCACUUCAUGAGGGCUGCAGGCUCAACAGGCCAGAGCUGAACUCAGCCUGCAUUGCAGCAGCAACUCUGUCGCGUCUCGGUGCAUUGUACCGACAGGUAGGAUGGACGUCUCAGGUUCCUGCCGAUCGAAGAUGCGGCAAUUUUCCGUCCUUGUGUUUGCCAGAAAGGUGUAAUAUAUCUGCGCGCUUGUGUGCGCGGGAAGGUGCUCUUAGAGGUUCAACCGGAGUCUGACACCUAUUCCGUUCAUUCUUUGUGUAUAGUGGUAUGUAUAGGCUUGGUUACUGUGUUGUAUGUAUAUUAUCCAACGCGACGUGUAGAGGGACUGAAGGGAGCAGUACCUUCGGGGGUACCACAGAAAGUUUGUACUACAUGCGUGUAACAUGGCUGCCGAGUGCAGCGUAUAUAACGAAAGGAAAAGGAUGAUCAAAAAGUCUCUCUUGUACCA